GGCUCCUUACUAUUAAUGAAGUUUUAUCGUGUAUUCCUCCACCUGCAAAUUAUCCUCUUGAUACCAGUACUUCGAUUAGCUCAACAACAGUAUAUGGCGCUUGGCCUACAAAAAUAGCGCGUUGGAAUGAAUUUUUAACAGAAGUGAAUCGGUACAACUUUUUUGAACAGUAUAUAUUCAAGAGACCGCAAUUUUUUCAUGGUGUACAAAUAGUCGUUGAGACAAAUGUCUACACAGCUAUGGAAGUCAAUAUAUUUGGUGUAUUGAACGAGGUUAUGAAAAAAUAUAUGUUUGCAAUGCAGAAGGAUUCCGACUUCUCUAGAAAUAACCCUAAUAUUGGUCCUUUCGUACCUGAUUAUACUUGCCGUCUUAAAAUUAACAAUACUUUCAUGAAGAAAAUCUUGGCAUUAGAAAUCAAGAGAGACAUCCUUUUAAGGGAUUUGGUAGGAUUGACUGAUGAAAAACUGGAAAGGCAAGAUUUUACUUUACAGCAAAGUCAACAAAAUUUUGGAGGUGGCCAGAUUCUCAGAAGUUUGAAUAAUUCUCGUUAUAACUUGAGAAGUAUGUCGAGAACGUCUGAAAACCGGGGAUCACGGGAAAAUCAGGAUCCAAUGGAACAUAUUUUUGAUUGUUCUGAAUUUAAGUUUGAACGUUCAUUAGGCUAUGGGCAAACCGGAGGGACUUAUCAAUGCGAAUUCCAUGGGCAAAUAAUAGCUCUGAAGGCUUUAGAUCUAUAUAAGAAUAGAAAAUUUUUUUAUAAAAUGCAAAAUGAAAUCGAAGUAUACAAUCUACUUUCUAAAGUUCAAGGAAUAUAUAUUCCAAAAUUGGUAUGUUAUGGUUAUUAUGGGGGUGGAAUGGGCUAUGUUAUGGGUAUGACAAUUGUUGGUACUAUUUUGAACUUCCAUAAAAUAGAGGAAUGGCAAAAGGAUAUGGCUCUCAAGGCAUUAAAGAUAAUUCAUAGUCAUAACGUUCUUCACAACGAUAUUCGAAAAGAAAAUAUCUUAGUUAAUGAAAAAGGUAAUGUAUAUUUUAUUGACUUUGGGAAGUCAAUUGUUACUGAUAAAAAGGAGCUGUUUCUCCAAGAGGAAUCUGAAUUAUCCCGUUUAUUCGAUUGCUAUAUUGAUCGACAUUCCGAAACGGAACGCACAAACGAUGAUGUUUUUGCAUCAGACUAUUUAUGCGCAUCAAAAUGUAUGAUAUUACAAAUCAUAAUUCCGAUCAAAAUCCCUAGUAUCUGUCAUCUUGUAACAAUUCCUGCAUUCUUACAUAUAUUGUAUUGCGAAGUAAUGAGUGCCAGUUAG